AAGAUGGCUGAUAUCGCCAUGGGUGCGUGUUGUUUAUCAUCACGUUGAUCAAUGUUGAUCAUGAUCACGCUCUUAACAUUUUAUUUAUAAAUUUAACAAUAAAUUGACAAGAAAUUACCAUUUUCCUUAUGGACGGCGAAAACAAGGAUAGCAAUGCGGAUUAUGUGGAGUUUUUGCAAAAUCAAGUUUCUCGACUUAAUUCAGUAUUGAGUGCAUAUCAGCGAAAAUACCUUCCUAUUUGUGAAGAAGAUAUUAAGUUGGAAUAUCCAAUUCAACCCUGGCUCUGUGACUCAAGCAUUAUAUCUCCUCUACUUGCUGAAUACGACAACACAAUUCGAACCUUCAAGAAUGAAUUAAAUGAGUACAAGAAAGAACAGUCGUCUCUAAAGGAAAGAAUAGCCGAAGUUGUCCGUGAAAAUGGAAAAAUGUUGCAAGAGCGUCGAGUGACCUUGGAACGAGAAAUGGACAAAGCACCUUCUACAUUGAUAAUGCAGUCUGAGAAAUCUGUAAUCGACAAUAAUAUUGUGGAGAAUGUGCAAAAUCAACUUGAAAUAGCCAUAAAAGAAAGAGAUUACAACUGUGAAAUGCUCAAAAAAACAUCCCAAGAAUUGGAAGAACUUCAUCUUGUUCACAAGAAAGUUGCUGAAAGUUUGGCUGCAAAAGUGAAUGAGGCAAACGUUGUUAGGAAUGACUUAAUAAAGGCUCGUCGAUUUGCUGAGCAGUUACAGGCUACCAACAGAAAGAUAAAAGGGGAGAACGAUCAAUUUGUGGUUAUCAAUGAGUCCCAGAACCGAAAAAUUGAAAAAUUAAGCGAAGAUGUUCGACGUUAUAAAGCUGAACUGAAGUGUUUGACUUCAACCAACGACGAGUUUAAGCGGAGAUUGGAAGUUUUACGAGCGCAGUCCAAACUGAGAGAAAGAGACAAAGCUUUAUUGAGCAGCAAAGAGCAAGAUGUAGAAUCUCGUUUUGAAGAAUAUAGAACAAAAAUAAUAGAAAUAGAAUCAAGAUUGGCUGGCUCAUUGGCUAUGUAUAACCGAGUACAAAACAAAAAUGCUGAGCUUGAAGAACAACUUGAUCUCCUCACAAAAAAGAACUUUGAACAAGAACGAUGUGCGUACGAGGCUGAAAAAAAUGCCCGAGAGAGCAUGCAACUGGUCGAGAGCGCAAUGAUAGAACGUGAUCAGGUUUUAGUGAGAGAAAAACAAAAUUCUGAAGAGUUAGAUCGAUUACAAGAGGUCAUUAAGAAGUUACUUUUUGAUGCUGGUAUUAAAACAAAAAAUGAAGUAAGCAAGGUUAAAGAUCAUUACAAUGAAAAUAUAAAAAAAUUGAUGGAAGAAUUACAGCAUGUGGAAAUGGAAGGAGCCAAUAAGCAAGCACAACUUGAGCGAGCACUCAGAGAAAAAGGAGCAAUUGAAAAAGAACUUGAAAAGAUUUAUCAAGAAGGACCAACUGAAAUUGCGAGAGCAGGGAUGACUUUCGAGCAAUUGCAAAAGAAAAUUAUCUUUGCCGAAAGAACUAAGGAAGAAGCUCUGCAAACCAAAGAAUCCCUCACAUCUCUUUUGCAUAAGCUGGAGAAAAAGCACGAUCAACAAAAAACGCAGCUGUUGCAGGAAAACCAAGAACUUAAGAAACGAAUCAAACAUUUAACCUUUGAAAGUGAAGACAUUGCUGGCAAUAGAAUCAUUCUUAUGGAUGAGAUUGAUAAUUUAAAACGAGAGUUGGUGGUAUCGCAAAGUGUUCAAGAACAAUUGAAACAAAAGUGUGCUACUGAGGUUGCUUCAUUAGAGCAACGUCAUAAAGUGAAAGAGAGGCAAUUUGAUGAGAAAUUGCGAAACGUGGAAGAAAUGAACACACAGAGUGUAAACGAGUUGCGUGAAAUGCUGUCAGCACAACAGAAAAUGGGAUAUAAGUGGAAAGAGGAAUCGCAAGUUUUAUCUAAAAAGUUCGAGGACACCGUUUCGUCCUUGAGAAAUGAAAUAACAAAACAAAAUAAAAGAAAUGACGUCGUUACUCAUGAGCUUCUAGAAGCAAAACGUCACAGUAAACAGAUCGAAGAUGAUCUUUUAUCAACACAAGUACAGUUACAGAAAGCACAAUCAAUAGCUGUUGAUGCUGAGAGCAGAGCUGAAGCUGCCAGUAAACAGGUAGAGACUUUACUGAAUAGAGAGAGGCAACUACUUGACGAUCGUAAGAUUCUUCACAAAGAAUUGGAAACGUCUAGAGUUCAAAGGAAACAUAAUGGAAGUUUUUUCACCCGACACGCUCUAAAGGAUUCGUAUAAUAAUGAUUCAAUGAACUCCAUGGAAGGAUUGCAAAAAUCAUUGCGUCAUUCGAAAUAUUCAGAAAGAAUUGCAUGACGUAUGUAUACGUUGAAGUCUGUCGCUUGGCUUUUGUACUUCUCUUUAUGUUUGAAGCACUUUCUUAAUGUCAGCAGCUGGGGAGAAGAAUGUUACUGUUAAACUCAUAGUGAAAAUUUGUGUUCAGUAUUGAAAAGACUAUUCAAGUCUUAUUGCUUUUUGGAGUACGAAGACGCUAAUGUAAGCACAAAAACUGACCAAACCGAAGAUUUUCGAGUAAAAAAGUAUUUACGUAGCUACGUAUUAAAAUUUUGAAGCUAAUUUUAAGGAAUAGCUAUCGGUCAAAUUUAUCAAGGAUUGAUAGUUCUCAUUAGAUUUGCCGAUAACAAAGCAGAAUGAAAAGAAUGAUUUCAUGAAAUAAUUAAAUACAAGUAUAAUAUUUCGUGUGCCGUGCACGUGGAGUUUGGUUAUUGCUCUUACUUUAUUGUUCGUAAUUGUUAAUGUAAGUAAACAAGCGUUUUGAAUAGAACUUCGACGUACAUUUAUUUUGAGUGGAUGAUGCAGAUGAUGUACUUAGUUAUAUGAGAUAAAGAUGGAAAUAAAGGUGUAGACUCAAGGA